AUGGCUGUUGCUCCCUUUCUUAUGCCUAUCGAGAGCCCAACAAGGAACCGCGCUACAACUCCAACAAGGUUGAAGCCCCCGUCUUAUCCUGCACCAGUAACCACAACAUCGCCUAUUCCACCGGAUGGACAUAUUCAAUACCCAGAAUUCAUGUCGCAACACCAGCUCAAGCAAGCCCACCAUCUUGUACGAUCUUCCCUACUUUUCGAACCGGAAUCUUCUCAAUUGUCUACUCAUCAACUUCCUGAUCUUUCUGUGGUUGUCUUGCCGAGUCAGCCGACGUCAUACCCAUACUCUCAGAAUACGACGCGGUCGACUUCUGAUGUUUACUUUGAUUCUGCAACCCCGUAUUCUUCCCUUUCGCGAGUUCGUCAGGCCGUUCCUCCACCUCCAUCCACUCCCGUACGUCGUAUCGAUGGUGACCGGUACCGGACUGCUGACCAAGACUCUGCACGGAUUACUUGUAAAGCCAGCGAUCCUGUUCAAGUACCCGACCUGAAGAUCGAACUUGCCACGAGAAUGUCUUCCGCGGUUCCUGUCUAUCUCAUCGCUGAAUAUGGCGCGAAAUCGUGA